CACAGACAGCACACGUGACCACGUCUCACUCAUCUAAUCUUUUGAUUCUUCUUUCAUUCUCUUCGUUCUAGCUUCCCAGUUCCCGUUCACUUUCGUUUAGGGUUUCAUACUUACAUUUUUUGUCACCGUCGUCGAUUGCCGCCCAUCGUUCGCUCGCGGAGCCUUGUGAGUCUUUGACAACUCACCUCGCGGUGUUGCCGUACCUUCGCCAGUUCGCUGUUCGCCCAUCGCUCUCUCGCUCGAGUCGCUCGUCGUUACAGUGGUUUCACUUUCGCCGUCGCCGUCGUCGACUGCCGCCCAUCGCUCGCUUGCUGCUUCAGCUUCACGAACCACGGAACCACGUUCAACUUUCUCUCUUUGGGGAAAUUUGUCUUCUCACUUGUGUAGUUUCUUUGCUUCAGCUUUUUGGACUUCUUUCUGUUCUCAUCAUGGCAACGAGACUUCAGUUUGAGAAUUCCUGUGAAGUUGGGGUGUUCUCCAAGCUUACUAAUGCUUACUGUUUAGUUGCAAUUGGAGGAUCUGAGAACUUCUACAGCACAUUUGAGGCUGAAUUAGCAGGUGUAAUCCCUGUGAUUAAAACCUCCAUCGAUGGAACUAGGAUAAUUGGACGACUUUGCGCUGGGAACAAAAAUGGGCUUCUUUUACCACACACCACCACUGACCAAGAACUCCAACACUUGAGAAACAGUCUGCCUGAUCAAGUAGUUGUCCAGCGCAUUGAAGAGAGAUUUUCUGCUCUGGGAAACUGCAUAGCAUGCAACGACCAUGUUGCUCUUACACACACUGAUCUUGACAAGGAAACUGAAGAGAUGAUCGCAGAUGUUCUUGGAGUGGAAGUUUUUAGGCAGACAAUUGCUGGCAAUAUUCUUGUGGGUAGCUAUUGUGCAUUUUCGAACAGAGGUGGCUUGGUUCAUCCCCAUACUUCCAUUGAAGAUUUGGAUGAACUUUCUACACUCCUUCAGGUGCCUUUAGUGGCUGGCACUGUGAACCGUGGUAGCGAAGUGAUUGCUGCUGGCAUGACGGUAAAUGACUGGACAGCUUUUUGUGGGUCAGACACCACAGCUACUGAACUCUCUGUUAUUGAGAGCGUCUUCAAAUUGAGGGAAGCCCAACCAAGUGCCAUUGUCGAUGAGAUGAGGAAAUCACUGAUCGACAGCUAUGUGUGAGAAUGAUUUUGGCUGGCUUCAAAGUUCAAAUCCGAAGCAUUGCUGCUAAAUAAAUAGUUUUUUUUUUUUUUUUUUCAUUUUCUUUUUCCUAAUUGCUUUAACUGGAGUAGCCUUAUCAUACAGAAUGGGAUUUUGGCUGCCAUUAAUGGUGUGAUGCUGUUAUCUACAAGCACGUCUCAGGUCAUUUGAUGAUAUAUAUUGCUGUAGAUCAUAUCCUUGCCAA